CCCCAUUUCUUUUCUCUUUCGCGCGCACGGUGGACGCGGCUCGUCCCUGUCGUGACUUAACCUCCCCCCCUCAUCUCAUCCCCCCUUCUUGUCUUCAUCCACUCUUCUCCCCCCUUUAAAUCCUCCAACACCUUUCCAGCCUUCAGCAUUCGAUCACCACAGACGAAGCAGAGACACAAAAAACGGCUUACAGAGCAACCACGACAGAAAGAGAGAGAGAGAGAGAGAGAGAGAGAGAGAGAGAUGGUGAAGAUCCCGAGCCCGAGAAGGCUGUUCAGGAGCCGCUCCUCCUCCAAGAGCACGGCGAGCAGCAACAGCAGCAGCAGCGGGAACAGCAGCAACAUCGGGAUCGACAUCUGCGCCAUGGUGGCGGAGCACGAGAAGAUCGAGUGGGAGGUUCGCCCGGGCGGGAUGCUGGUGCAGAAGAGGCGCUCUCCGGACGACGACGACGAAUACGGCGGCGUCGAGGAGGUCAUCCUGGUGCGGGUGUCCACGGGCAGCGGCGGCGCGUGGCACGACGUCUCCAUCGACGCCACGGCCACCUUCGGCGACCUCAAGGUGCUGCUGUCGCUGGCCACCGGGCUGUGGCCCCGGGAGCAGCGGCUGCUGUACAGGGGCAGGGAAAGGGACGACGCCGACCACUUACACAUGGCCGGCGUCCAGGACAAGGACAAGGUGCUGCUUCUGGAAGACCCGGCCGUCACGGAGAGGAAGCUCAGGUCCACCACCCUCGCGCAGCUCAUGGGCGUGCCCUGCCAUUCCUUCAUCCAAGUUUAGAGUUUAGACCAAUCCCUCCUGAUUUUCUUCCUCCUUUUCCGGUUUGGCCGGGUGUUUGACAGAGUUUAAUUUCGGCUGUGUUAACUGCAUUUCUUUCUGGGUUUCUCUGGUUUGGUGGCCUGGAUUCGGUCGGUUGAAUCGAAACAAAAUGUAAAUUAUUGUAAGGAGAGGAUGACAGUGUGUUGCGAGUGUGUUCAUUCUCUGCUGCUUUGCUCCAUGUACAUUCUUCAGAUGAAGUUAGCAAUACAGUUCACAUUGUGCUAA